CAUUCAAUCGGAACGGUGGCGAUGCUGCCACGAGAGAUGGGAGGUGCCGUGGGGAGCGACUUGAAGCUCUACGGGCCGAGCAAUGUGAGGGUUGUUAACUCAUCUAUCAUGCCAAUCCAGCUCAGUGCUCAUUUGAGCGCGACGGUGUACGAUAUCGCUGAGAAGGUUGCCCAGGUCACUGCAAAGCGGAGAAGUGGGCUGAUUAUAUUUAUUGAUGAUGUAUGGUUAUAUCAGGCGGCAGAUAUCACCCAGGGCUGCGAUUGA